GUCGCCCAUCCACGCGCCGCCACUUGUUUGCCCGCGGCACCCAGCAGCCGCCGCUAGCCUUCUCUUAACUGUAAGCGGUGGAUCGCCAUGGAUGGUGAUAACCUACCAAGAAGAUCAGCUAGGAAGAGGAAGGCACGUCGUCUAGAUGAGUCUGUUUAUGCUCCUGUGCUUAAGAGGAUGCCAAAUGGCAACACUGUUGAAGGUGGAAGCCGUGCUGAUUCUGAUACAAAUACUGAUGGUCUCGCCGAUCAGUUUGCUAUCAUAGACACCGAUCAUAAUAACAAGCAUCGUCCCGUAUCAGCUGAGCAUGGCAAUGCGACAACAACCCCUAACACGGCAAGCUCGGCCAUUGUGCCUGUACAUGUUGUGUUAGAUACGUCAGGUCAAUCAGCAGUUGCAGCGCCCGGUUCCUCGACAGAACGCACAAUAUUUCCAGCAAGUGGCGAGCAAUUGCAGUCUGCUGGGCCUUCUUCUAAACCGUAUACUGCACAAAUUACGGAUGGGAUGCAGGUUACUCCAAACACCACCAUUGGAAGGAACGGGGGUUCGCCGUCGACGAUGAAGAAGGACGAUCGGAGUGCCAAUAAGUUUAACGUGGAGCCUCCCAGCAAUGGGCAAGUGAAGCGAGCCGGAGAAGUCACAUUGAAGAUGGACAUGAGUUUGCUUAAUUGCCGCGUCUGCUCCCGCCCCAUCAAGCCCCCUGUCUUCCAGUGCAAUGCCGGGCAUGUAGCUUGCGGCAGAUGCCUCGCCGAGCUCCCCGGCGAACAAUGCCAGACGUGCGAGCACGGCGGUGGCUUUAGCCGCUGCCCCACGAUAGAUGCUGUCGUCUCAUCCUUGACGGUCAUGUGCGGCCACGAUGGCUGCGGGAGCGACGUCCCCUACAACGAGCUCGACGACCACCAGAGCGCGUGCCAGUACGCGCCCUGCUUCUGCAUGGAGCCUGGCUGUGGCUUCUUCGGUGCACCGCUGGCGCUCCUCAGCCACAUGGGUGCCCUGCAUGCAAUGCCAGUGCACAAGGUCCACUACGGCAAAGUUCACCGGUUCCGGGUGUUGGAGCCGGGGUGCCUACUCCAUGGGCAAGGGGACGACAGCGUGUUCCUGCUGGCCGUUGGCGCCAUCGGCAUGGCCACAGUCGUGUCUGUGGUGUGCAUCAGAGCUGGAGUGUCAUCAUGGCCGCAGUACGCGGUGAAGCUUCGGGCAAAUUGUCCGCCACCACCGAGCAGCAUAGAAGGCAGCAUUCUGUUGGACAUGAAGCCGGUGACGAGCAGCACUAGGCCCGGCGAGGUCGCUCUGAUGGAGCUGCCGUCUUUCUUGGGGGUGCCGCCUACGUAUCUGGUUGGUUCUGGGGCGUCCAAGGAGGUGUCUCUCGACGUUCACAUUGACAGGAUGUGAUCCUGAUCGUAACAUACAAGUGUCCCAUGGUGCCUUCUUAAGCUCAGUUUGAACUGGACCAAUGCGUUGUUUGUUUCUUUUUUUUUUUUUGACGUGAGAAGAGAACUAGUACGUUGUUGGUAAGGAAUGAUGGGUCUUGGUUGCAAUGCCAAUGGGCCUACUCAGCAAUUAAAAUAUGUUGCAGCUAGCUAGCACUCCAAAUAUGUUGUAUGGUUGAUCAGGAUUUGGGUUAAGUUUGC